GCAAUCCAAUUUUUAAAACUAAAGAAGCUACAAUCGUUUACGAGAAUUCUUUUAUCUCCCGAAUUCUGCCAUAUCUCACCGUAGUACAGUACUAACAUACACCUAGGCCUUGCUAACUGCCAAUUCGUAGAAUGCACCUCAAAUCUUGCGUCUUCCUGGCGCCGUUAUUUAGUAUUCUAUUAAUUCCGUUUGUAAAUGCCAAACUUUCAAUAAGGGGUAUUAGCGAAAACGAAUUGCAUCUAUAUAAACCAGAUUCAAACGGGAAAUGGAAAUGUUUAGGAAGUGAAAAGACAAUUAACUUUGAACAAAUUAACGAUGAUUACUGUGAUUGCCCAGACGGAUCCGACGAACCAGGAACUUCUGCCUGUAAGAAUGGCAAGUUUUUCUGCAAAAACGAUGGCUAUAUUAGCAAGUACAUUCCUUCAAAUUGGGUUGAUGACACAAAAUGCGACUGCUGCGAUGGUUCCGACGAGUCUUUGGUGAAGUGUGAAAACACUUGCAAAGAGGAAGCAAAAAAAUAUAAACGUUCUUUGGAUGAACAUAAUCAGCUCGUGACUGAUGGCCUACGUAUUAGAGAUGACUGGAUAGCUCAAAGUGCUAAAUUGAAGGAAGAAACAUUAAACAAGUACAAUUCUGUAACUUCGAAAAUUGCAGAACUUGAAAAGACGAAACAAGAUCUUCAGAACACAGUGAAAGCAAUAAAGCUUUCAUCGGACUCAGAUAGCCGAUCCAUUCUUGCUAAUGAUUUAGAAGAAAUUAAGAUUGAUCUUUACAAUCUAUUAGAUGAAAGAAAUGAGUAUACCGAACGUCUUAAUGCUUUGGAGAAUCUGUUAGACGAGAUUUCUCUUAUGUAUGAAACUGAAGACUUUGAAGCUACCAUAAAAGAAGCUAUGGACUCUUGGGAAGACAUAAGAUCUCAGAAUGUGAAGAAAAAGGUUACUUCAGACAAAAUCCACGAUGAUUUAAAAUCAUCUGUUACCCAUCUUGCUCGAAUUGCUAAAGAAGAAGUUACUUAUUUUGGUUUCUUAAAGAAAAUUGAAAAGGACUUUAUGGAAGUAUACUGGAAUGUGAAACGCUCCUUAAUUGAUUUCGGAAUAUUAAGUCCUAGUAUACCUGCUACGUCAAUAAAAAAUACAGGUGGCUUCUAUUUGGAAAAUGUCCAAUCCGAGUUGAGUGUUACAGAAGAUGAACUGGAGGAAUUACAGAAAGAACAGGUUAUUCUCCUUGAAGAUUUACAAGAGCAUCAUUACUCUUGGGAUAACCUGUAUCGGUUUCUGAAAGGAAUGACGACGGAACUCACGGUCGGUGAUUAUGUAUACAAAAUAGUUUUCUUUGAAAAUGUUCUUCAAAAUUCUAUUAAUUUAGGGAAUUUUGUAGAGCAGAAGGGUAACACCUUGAGAUACUCCAAUGGUCAAAGUUGCUGGAACGGCCCUGACCGAUCUACUAAAGUUGUUGUUGAAUGUGGAACUGAGAAUGAAAUUGUCAGUGUUUUGGAAGCUCAAAAAUGUGAGUACACUAUAAAGAUGAAGAGUCCUGCUGCAUGUUCGACAUCUCAAUUUCAAGCAUCUUUGUUGGAGAAUGACUAUGAUUAUUCUGAUGAGCUUUGAAAUGAUAAUUUUAGGCGCUGAAAACAAAUAUUGUUCAAGAUUAAUGACUUCUACUUUUUAUCAACAUUGCUACGUCGAUGGAUGUAGAAAAUGUAAAACUCUUGUACUCGUUCAAAUAGGUUUAAAGAAUCAUUCAUUAUGUUACAGUUAAGGACAAAUAAGAAAAGUCACGAAAAAAUGAACUUUAAGACUAUUGAUUCUAUUAGUCUAUUAAUACUUUGUUAAAAACUAUGUAACGAGCGACAUUAUUAUACACUUACGAGUUCGGUUGUUUCGACCCAUGAACGACUUUAAACCUAUGCGGUUUUAAACGGCAUACGUAAAUAGGGCGACAUGCGACUUUAGCUAACAACUUUAAAAGUGUAAUCAAAGUGAACAUAAAACGCAAGUGAGAGGAUACUGGACAUUGAACGACAGACAUUAAAGUGAAUAUGCCCAUCAACGAGUUUUAGAGAAAAAAAUCAACGGGCAAAAAAGGAUGGAGACCUGAAUAAUGAAUAUGCUAACGCGUUUAAAAGAUAAGUGAAUACUUCACACCCAUCCUCAUAUUGCUCGAUAAUUAGAUAACUCCAUUUAUAUGAAAGAAAAUGGCUAAGGCGGUAUUUUUUAGACGAAAUUUGGGUGGGCAGAAAGAAAAAAGGAAGAACAAAAAUGAAUAAAAUCAAUGUUUGUGGCCACCGACAACGGGAAUCAAAACACCGCAAAGAACAGCGACUAAAAUACAGAUGAUAAGUAUGCAAACACCGAAACAAAUCCAUUUUUUCCUUCUAGCAGCUCUAGCACUCUUAAUUGCACGGUCCAUGUGUUGUGUACCUUCACCCAUAUUUGUUCUUACGUUGACAGCGUCAGUAACAAUUUUAUCAACGGCAGGUUCUUGUUCCUGAACCAUGGUAGCCAUAUCUUGAAACAAUUGAGCAAGCUCACCAAUAGUACGCUCAAUUUUCUUAAUGUCUGCAUGACGUUCUUGUACUUCCCGAAGAGCAGUUCUAGCUUCGCCGGAACGAUUAGAGCGUAACAAAGCCUGAGCGAAGACUUGACCACCGUUCUCUUCACUGAUUGCAGUUUGAAAAUCUUCUUCAGUAGCUCUAGGAUUAGCAAUUUCGAGUUGACGACGCAUGCGUUGCUCAUAUUGAGCACGAUAAGUCUUCUCGAUUUGCAAAAAGUGUCGGAUUUGAUCCAUAAAUUUCUUCUUCACAGCUUCAGUUUGAGUUUUCCUAGUAGCAGUGUCAUUGUCGGGUGGAAGCUGCAUAUUUUGAGACUCCAAAGAUCGAAUUGCUAAUUGUACGCUGGUUUGCAAACGACGGGUAUCAGCAGUAAAUCCUUCCAGCUGGCGAGUAGUAGCAGCUAUGUUGGAUUCAUCAACUUCUUGGAGAGAUUGUUGAUGAAGCAUUUCUAUUCUGCCAACAUUGUCCUCGAUCUGUCGAAUGGCAUCUCGUAUAUGAUCAAUUUCCUCAAAGAACUCUCCCAUGCUAAGUGGAAUCAUUUCCACCCCAAGGGAAUAAUCAGUCUCCUUGUUAGCAUUCAUUUUCGCACCAAUUAAAUACUACUUUAGGUGCUUAAGAAAUGCUUAGGUGCCUUUUGUUGUUGGUGAAAGUCAAGUUUGUUUUCAAUACAGAAACAAAGCAAAUGACUUGUUACUGCCCAGCGCACUGUACCGCAUCGAUUUUAAAUAAUUGACCUGCCACCAUGGCUUAUAUACCAAAACACGUUACAUUUCUCUAAAUACACUAACAAGACUAGUACGUUACCGUAAAGGGAGAUAAGGAAAUUGAAGUAUAGUUCCUAUAAUAAACAAAUGAUUUCGAAUAUGUUUUGAAAUAAGUCGUUAAUGCUGAGCAUUAUGAUUUAUAUAAAAUAACAAAAUGAAAUAUUUUGGAAACCUAACAGAGCUAAAGUAUCUACUGAGGAACAAUUUUGUCUGUUUUCAAGUUUCUUAAAUUCUCACAAAGCAAAACAGAUAAUUCGGUUUAUUUGGGAAGGUCUUCAUCCCGUGUUUAAGCCAGAAAAAAUAAUUAAAACUGUGCCUUGAUUCUGCUCCUUGUCAUACACGAGAAUACAUGAUAUAGUAAUCAGGGUGAACGACCUUGCCAGAUCGAAACUUUUUUGGCUGUGGUGAUGUUGCAUGCGGUGAAAAAUGAAAUCGAUGAUAGAAUUGAAGUGCUUGCUCGUUUUUACCAAAGACUGUCAGAAAGAGAUAGGGAAUUCUUCUUUGCUCGGCGAUCCUUGUUAACUGUUUCAUAAGCCAGGAUCCGCAUCCUUUUCUUCUCAUAUCUUUUGUGAUCUGAAGUUCAUACAAGUAAAGACAUGGAAGAUCUGCUUCGAUUGUUUCUUCAAAACUCAUAAAACCAAUUAACUUAUGGUGUUCGAUAGUAUACAAACAAACGUAGUGAAGAGUAUCCAUGCUCAUCUCUUUCCAUUUUUCUUCUUCAUCCCAGCUUAGAACACUGUUUUCAUAAAGGGUUUGCAUAUUUUCCUUCACUAAAGCAAAGCUUUCUUUUAGCGCAUUUUUUUCGAUUAACGGAUAGAACUCCAUAGUCAGGCCGCCUUUUUCUAAAUAUGCUUCAUCAUUGAUUUCCCAUUUUUGUUUUGUUUUGUCGGUCAUUUUACAGUGGGCAAAAGCACUAUGUGCGGCCAAAUUAGUGUCUGCUCUAUUCUCCUAAGAUAAAUAUCACGAUAUGCUCAUUCUGAAUAGAUUUGAAUAAAUUAAGGACUCGAAAGAUGUUUUUCGAUUCGUAGUUGGUCAAUCUCGAA